UGCGAAGAAGAGUUCUUUGAAAAAAAUACUUUGUAGUAAUCUCCCUUGUGGAUGGAUCCAAAGGAUUCUCGUAUAAGUUGUAUAACUCCGUGGAAAGAAUCAACAGCCAAAACUUUCCAUGGCACGACAGUACUGAAAAGAAUGGAGACCGACAGUCAUGAAUGUAAGUGUACAGACACCGUAACAGAGGAACUCAACCCAGAAUUAGAGAUGAAAGGCAUUACCAGACAGAUGAGACCAGAAUUUAAAGAAAGUCUUCGUCGGGUAAUGUUGGACCGACUUUCACAGAGCCCUGCACAUUUUGUUCACCAGCAGAGAGGUGACCCUGACCUCACUCAUCAAGAAAAAAGAGACAUUGCUGAACAAAUUCUUGCAGAGAAUCCAGUUACCUUCUUAGCAAGGUUUGGAAGAUUUCUUCAGCUGUCUGAUCUCAAAUAUUUUCAAGAUGCUGGAAUGAACAGUUAUGAAGUGAAUUUUUAUCUAAAAGAAAUUGAACAACAAUGCAAACACUAUGCACAGAUUGUGAAGAACAGAAGAUUUUCUGCAAUGCAGCAGCUUGAAACAGCAGGAGAAUACUUCAGUGAGAGUGAAAUGAAAAGUCGAGAGCCCCUCCUAUAUGAUCAAAUGGUGGGCCAGUUUCUUACAGAAGAAGAGCAACAGCAGAAAGAGGCAGCAUCUAUUGAUCGCAGUGAUUUGAGAUUUUCAACAAUUUUGAUGCAUCAUAUGGAGAGAUUACAGGAGCAGUCACUCUAUUCUCAGCAAAAAGAAGAAGAGGAGUGUCAGGAGGAAGAGGAGGAGGACGAAGAAGAUGAGGGAGAUGAAGAAGAGAUGGAAAAGGAGUCGGGUGACAAUGAUCCAGAAAUAUCAGACAACCGUGCCUCAGACAUAUGGCGUCAGCAGCUGAUGUCAGAGUUCAAAUCAAUUAUGCAAGAAAAAUUUAUGUCAGGGGCUGAUGCCCAUUUUGAUUACAGCAUGGUGGAUAAUAAUCCAGAUUACGACUCCAUGGCUACAUUGGGGCAGGAUGAGGAGGAGAAAUUUUUUGAUUCUGAGAAACCUGAUACAUUGAGUUACUGUGACACAGCUGAUGACAGCGAUGAUGAAGUACUUACGGCUUUUAAGAAGAAGAUGGAUGAAAAGGAAGAGGUGGAGGAUUACAUGGAUUACAUACCUUCUGAAGAACUCGUCACAAAAAGUAAAGUAUACAAAGAGAAAGGAAGCUGCCAAGCUUGUGAUGGUGAAUAAUUCAGCUGUGACUGUGUCAAAGACAUGUUUUAUUUAUCAGAAAGAUGUCUAAAAUAUAAACAUUUUUAUCUGGUAAUUUUUUUCUUGGCAAUUUUUAUUUUAAUGUAAUGAAGCCUUAAUUUUUUUACAUCGUGAUUGAGCUCUGCUCUCCCUAUAGGCCCAUCAUCAUGUGUUUUGUAUAUACAUGUAUAGUCACAUGUGUAUGUGCAUCCUUUAACCUGAAGUAGCGUGUGGGAGGAGGGAUCACCAUCAGGAAAAAUACAGCUUGACCAGACAUUGAAAGACGAGUAUAUAGUAUUAAGUUUCACUGAACUAUUUAUAAUUCUUAUUGGUGAAAAUAAUCCAUUUUCACAGUUAA